AUGGGUUUGCAAAUCACUUUCUCUUAUCGAUCAAAUUGCACAGUCUCCAGUGUCCAAAUAGGCAGACAUCCGAACGGCACUUUCCGAGAUAUGGAACCCGUAAUGAUCGCAGUCCAAAUCCAAAUCAGGAAAUACGCACUCAUCUCCUCCUCUCUUGAUGCGCUAGGCAUGGGAACUUACCAAUGGGGAAUCUUCUUCCUCUGUGGGUACGGCUACUUUCUAGACCUAGCAUGGGCACAAGCAUUCUCCCUUAUACUGGGGCCCAUGACCCAAGAGUUCGGGGUAUCCACGGCGAAUUCAGGCCAGAUAUUCACCGCUUUCUCUGCUGGACUCACUGCGGGAGCAUUCGUAUGGGGUGUCCUCGUGGAUGUCAUAGGCCGCAAAUGGGCGUUCAACCUUACAACACUCAUCUGCUCCGUAUUCGGCUUGGUGAUUGGCACCGCGGAUUCUUGGGCUGCUGUAUGCGUCCUCGCCGCCUGCUGCGGCUUCGGACUAGGGGGAAACAUACCCAUAGAUGCUACGAUCCUGCUUGAGUUCGUUCCUAAAAACCGCCGCGCACUGGUAAUGCUCCUGUCGAUCUUUCAGCCACUAGGUGUAGUCGCCUGUUCCCUCCUCGCAUGGGCACUCGUCCCGCCCCACUCUUGCGCGCCCUCACUCCCCUCCUGCUCCGCCUCCUCCCUGGCCGCCGAACUGGAAUGCUGCACCCGAAGCUCCAAUUCUGGAUGGCGAAACCUCCUGUUUACCCUUGGAGCUCUCACGCUCGCAUGCUUCCUGCUCCGAUUCGGCGUGUUCAGAUUCCGUGAAAGCCCUAGGUUUCUGCUCUCUCACGGAAAAGACAAAGAGGCAGUAGCAGUCGUACACGCUAUAUUUGCGUACAACGGCGUCCCCUGCUCUCUGCGACUCGAAGAACUGGAAGAAGCGGACAAUCGAGGUGGAGAACAGUUAGAGCCUCAGAUGAGGGGGAACCGGGUGUUGAGGACCAAUUUGAAGAGCUUGUUUGGGACGCGAGAGAGGGCACGGGUUAUGCUGCUUGUUUGUGUUGUAUACAUGUUUGACUACUGGGGAUUCAGCAUCGCAGGUGCUUUUUUGCCUAGUAUCUUGAGGCAAAAAGGUGCUAUGAGGGAUGUAGGAGUGUAUGAGACUUAUCGGAACUACAUCCUCAUCUCCCUCUCCGGCCUCCCUGGCGUCCUCCUCGGCGCAAUCUUAGUCGACCUCCCCCUCGGCAGGAAAUGGAGCAUGGUCUUCACUUCCUCCUUGAUGGCCACGUCCUUAUUCCUCUUCGUCGCUAUCGAUAGCCAGCUUGCGAACGUGCUAUUUAAUGCCUUGGAGUAUUUCUUCCAGAGUGCUUUCAAUGCUGUGCUAUAUGGGUACGCCCCUGAGCUCUUCCCAACCUCGACCCGGGGCACAGCAGUCGGGCUAGCCUCUUCCCUCGGAAGGCUGACAAGCAUCCUCUCCCCCCUCCUGGCUUCUCACCUGCUGGCAAACACGGGUUCGGACGCGGUGCUGUAUCUUGCUGGAGGGGGGACAAUGAUUUGUGCUCUUGCGGCAGUGGGGCUGAGGGAGACGAGGGGUGGGGUGAUGUUUUGA